UCUCGGUGAUAUUCAGAGACUGGGGAAGACUUGGCUAUGGACGGGGCGCGAAUGCAGGAAUGGACGGAAGAGCAUUACGGGUACAGGUGGGAGCGGCUGGCGGGAGACUUGCGGAGGCUCCGGUGCCUGGCGCUUUUUUGCCUCCUGCUUCUUGUGCUCUUGGCUAUGCCCGUGAUUUACCUGCUGGGCAGCAGCCUCAGGUGCAAGCAAGACGAGAUGUCACUUGAAACACUUCCUGUAUUCCAAAAACAAGAGGCCUCUUCUACAAAUUAUUCGGAAAGCAAGCCAAAGAUCCACCUUUCAGCUAUCAAGCAAAAUUCAUCCUGUGCCAACAAUGUGCUUCCAAUCUUAGAGUGGACAGUUCGCAGGAAUGAACCGCUCAGUCCAAUGAAGUAUUUCAAUGGUUUCUUGGUGAUCCCAAAAUAUGGAUUUUACUUUGUCUACACUCAGGUCACUUUCCGAUGUCCUGAUGGUACAUGUGAAAACAUAGAGUACUGUGGGAAGAAAGGAGUGGAUGUAAGAAACGUUAUGCAGGUGAUUUCAUUGAGGAGCCCAAGCUAUCCUGUACCUCAACCAAUCAUGAAAGGCGAGAGUACCAUUGACAAGAAUGGAAAAUGGAGGAAAACCAUUUAUGUCGGAGGUAUUUUCCAGCUAUGGGAAGAUGACACACUCAUGGUCAAUGUCAGCAACCCUGCACUGGUGGGAUUUGGUGGUGAAGGAGACAUAACCUACUUUGGUGCUUUCUUAAUCUAACUGUCCAUUUGAAACCAUGGAUUCUCCCACUUACAGACCAGAAUUUCCACAAUGCAGUAUAAUAAAAGGAUGCUGACUACAAAUGCUUCCCAAAAUUUCCUCUGCUGACAUGGCCUUGAUGGGGAAGUUCCAAAGUAAUGGUCUUGUUUUCUGAAGUAGAGUUGAGGGAUCUGGAAUCCUUCCGUGUCACAUAAAUGCCGGUUUGGGGUGUAUUCUGCCAGCUCAGCUCCCUGAGCUUUCAAUUCUUUCAGGAUAUUUGUAUCGUGCACACACUGAAUUGCUAAUCUGCAACUUAGAACAUAGGAAAUUGCCAAUUCUAAUCUGGGCCCAUUGGUCCAUCGGGCUCAGUAUUGUCUACACUAACUAACAGCAACUCU